CGGACCACCGAUGAACAUUUUUGGAAAUUUUCUCAAGAACCAAAUACGAUAGACACACAAAAACAUUAAAUUAAGUAUUUCCUAGAUGAUUUCAACAGAUUUGGCAAAUAAAAAUUUUCGUUGCCAAUGUUCUUUAAUCGGAAGAGUCGAGCUCUGUGACGUCCAUAUCUUCUCUGUGCGACUGACGAAGACAUAUUGUAAAUUUUACUUUGAAAUUGAAGUUGCUUUUUUCGGCUGUUUGUAUUCCAGUGAAUUCCGUUGAGUUGCUAGCAAAGUCAUGUCGUCCUGGUUAGUUAACGUGCAAUGUAAAAAGAUAUUCAGAGAUGCAAGAAAUAAGUUAGUUUCAAUUCUGCACCCAAUGCUCAAUGAUUUUGACUACAAAGGUGAAAAGUUGGACAUCAAAGACAUUGCAGAAUUCAUGAGUAAGUUUGGAGUGGAUUACUCCGUGUUGACAGUGGACCUAGACUUGGAGUUACUAAUACUUGUAAAGACCGAAGAAGGAGUUGAUAUCAAGAACAAGCCAUUUUUGUACGCGGCCCAAAGACUAUAUGCAGUACAACUACUCUGCAUUCCUUUCCAUGAACUUUCAAAAGUGGAAGAAGUUAUUGCAUUGAACAUGUCUAAUGUGAAGACAAGUUUCCUAUACAAUACAGGUCGAUGUGGCUCAACUCUGCUCUGCAAAGUGCUCGAUCAACUCCCAAGAGUUCAGUCGAUAUCUGAGCCUGAUGUGUUUGCUAUCUUAGCACGUCAUUUUGACGAAAGAAUGGUUGGUUGCUAUCCUAAGGCACGUACGAAGAAAGCGACGUUCAUCACAAUCACCCGUGUCGCAAUUCUUCUACUCAACAAUUAUUUUUUAUUUCGCGCUCCAGAUAAAAUAUGUAUCUGCUACAAGCUCAGAUCCGAGACGACGCACGCAGCGGAGCUGCUGCAGAAAGCCAUGCCAAGUGCCAAAAACAUCUACUUGUAUCGGAACUGUUUUAGCUUUGGUGAAUCGUAUGCCCGUGUCAGUGUAGAAGGAAACUACAAUCUAUACUGGCUUAUCUCUACCCUUAGAGUUGAUUCUACAUAUCUUUGGUAUAAAUUUAAGUAUUGCCACCCACGUGUAAACAAUUGUUUUUAUCCAAACAUGGGGAAUAACCCAGAAAAUGAAAAUGUUCCAUUUAGACAUGGCUUCUACUGGUGUUUCACCUACAUUUGGUGGCGCAAUAUUGAGAAAGCUAUAACUAUGAUACACACAUACCCUGACCAUUUUUUUCAUGCGAUAUUACGAUACGAAGAUUUAUCAAUCAGAAAAGAGGAACUUGCUUUAAUAGUUGCAAGAAAACUCGGCUAUCUGGAAGAAAACGAGUCUUCUAGUGUGGAGGCGAGGAUGCUUAGUUCGAUUACAAGCGUGUUUAAAUCGAACAGUCAGUCAGGCACUGAAAUGGCAUCAAAGCGAGAUGUAGAGAACAAAGAUGACGUCUGGUAUGGUGAAUGGGAGAAACAGCAGAUUAAUGAUGUUCUACAAUAUCUUGGCCGUACUGUUAGGAAUGGAGAUUUUUUCAUACCUGGAACCAUCUAAGAAUAUCUGCAUGCUUGUGUUGGUGUUCGCAGGGCACGCUGUGCAUGUGAGCAUAACUCUAAAUUAGGUUAGUUUUAAUUGAAAUAUUGGCACGCUUACAUCGGCCUAAAUUAACCUUGGUUUUCUGUUCGACUUUAUCCUCAGAACCAAGAGACAAUAGUUCUCCUUGUCUGUGAUCGCCGAAAACAGAAUUUACGAUCUAAUAUAUUAAUCACUGUACGUUCUUGUUUCAGACAGCCUGGCUUACUUUACUUAUUAUAUCCAAUUGAGUCAUUAGAGACCUUUAGCUUAACCAAUAUGACAAACUGCGAACAGCAAACGGCUAAUUUCAAAUUAAUGACAUUUAAAAUUAGAUUUUUGGCACUUUCUUGGCCGCAAUUUCUCUCAGGUAACGAGCGAUUACAUAGUCUUAGUCGAUUGACAAACUUAAUCCAAGCUAAUCAUUCCUAUUCAAACUUAAUUGUUAUCU